UGGUAGCUGGAAGGAUAGCUGAAGCAGUCAAGCAGAACGGUCCUUUUGUCGGUGGGAUACAGUAGGUUCGAUCCUUGAAUCCUGAGUUGAGGUUCUUCGCAGCGUUCACCGUCUUCAUCAAUUGGUGGUCGCGUCCUUUCCCCUGGCCCAUGGACAAAGCUCUGAUUGGUCCACUUGUCGAGACAGGAGUCGACAUCAAGUACAUGACAGCUCAAGGCGUAUACUAUGCCAACACGCCAAAGAUGCCUGCACUUCGGACCGCAGAUAGCACUGCGAUGAUGAUUUUACAAGCUCUCCGUGGAUCAUCCGAAUGCAAAGCCGAUGCUCGUGCAGGGAAAUGGUUCGAUCCGUCGAAACCGCCGGCAAAAGACGCUAGGUGCUCGACGUUAGGGAUCGUUGGGAUGGGUAAUAUCGGGAAACUUGUUUCCGGGCAUAUGCAGCAUUUCGGUAUGAAAGUCGUAUAUUACAAUCGGAAUCGCCUACCGUUGAAUGAGGAGAACGGAGUGGAGUUCGUUUCGUUCGAGGAGUUACUGGUGCACUCAGACGUCAUAUCGCUACAUUGUCCAUUGAACGAGGGUACACGGCAUCUAUUCAAUAAGCAAGUAUUCAACAGAAUGAAAGACGACAUGAUCAUUGUGAACAUGUCCAGAGGAGCUGUCAUAGACGAAGGCGCACUCGUUUGGAAAAGGACUGAACUUCGCAUGUGGCUAAAAGUUCUUCGCGCUGCUCUGGACGUAUACGAGUUUGAACCGAAAAUCCACCCCGGACUCAUUGCGUCGCCGCGUACAACGCUCCUUCCUCAUGCAGCAGUGGCCCACGAGACGUUCGAAAAAGAUCAGCAAAUGGAGAUUUUGCUCAAUUUGGAGACAUUCAUCAGGACUGGCCAGCCUCUGAACGCUGUCAAUGAAACAUAAUCAUGGCGAGAGAUGCGCCUGUUGUAUUUCUGCAGGCGAUGUUUCCAUAGGCUUGUGUUUACGUUUCUUGCGCGUAGAGGGUAAGGUGCUAGGCGGAAUAACUUCGAAAAGGUAAUCGAUGGAAUUAUGUGUUGGAGUGCAAGGUCCUUCUGAAUGAUA